AUGACAAUUUCAUACGAACAAUUUUUAACAAAAGAAGAUUUUUCAGGAUUUGAAGAUCCAGAAAAAUUCAAAAAAUGGGUACCAAAAUUAGAUGCUUAUAGAAAAAGAUUAGAUGAUGGUGUAUCACCUUAUAAAGUUGAAUUACCAAAACCAAUUGAAGAAUUAAUUAAUGAUCAAUUUAAUGCAAAAGAAUUUCUUUAUAAUUCAAAAGUUUUAUCAGAAAGAGAAUUAGAAAUUACUGAUUCCAAGGGGUCAAAAAUUUUAUCUGAAAUUGCUAAUGGUAAUUGGUCAUCAGUUGAAGUUUUAAAAGCAUUUGCUAAAAGAGCUGCUAUUGCUCAUCAAUUAACUAAUUGUUUACAUGAAAUUUUUAUUGAUGAUGCUUUAAAAAGAGCUCAAGAAUUAGAUGAUUAUUAUAAAGUUAAUGGUAAAACUAUUGGUCCAUUACAUGGUUUACCAGUUUCUGUUAAAGAACAUUAUAAUUUUAAAGGAAGAGUUACUCAUGGUGGUUAUGUUAGUUUAGUUGAAAGUGUUACUGAUGAACAUGGUGUAACUAAUCAAAUUUUAGAAAAUUUAGGUGCUGUAUUUUAUGUAAGAACUGCUCAACCUCAAUGUCUUAUGCAUUUAUGUGGUAAUAAUAAUUAUACUGGUCUUACAAGAAAUCCACAUAAUUUAUUAUUAUCAAGUGGUGGAUCAUCAUCUGGUGAAGGUGCUUUAGUAACUUUAGGUGGUUCAGUUUUUGGUAUUGGUUCAGAUAUUGGUGGUUCAAUUAGAUCACCAUCUGCUAUGUCAGGAUGUGUUGGUCUUAGACCAAGUAAUCAUAGAGUUUCAUUAGCUGGUUGUAUUUCAGGAUUUGGUGGUCAAGAAUCAGUUAUGUGUGUUUGUGGACCUAUGGCUAGAUCUAUUGAUGAUUUAGAAUUAAUGAUGAAGAAUUAUAUUAAUGAAGGAAAACCAUGGAAUUUAGAUGCAGUUUCUGUUCGUAUGCCAUGGAGAGAUGUUCCAAAACCAAAACCUGAAGAUUUAACAGUUGCUGUUAUUAGAGAUGAUGGAUUAGUUAGAAUUUCACCACCAAUUAGAAGAGGUUUAGAAGAAACUGUUAAAAAAUUAAAAGCUGCAGGUGUUAAAGUUAUUGAAUUUGAUCCACCACAUACUAAAUUAGCUUAUGAAACUAUCAAUAAUAUGUAUACAUGUGAUGGUAAUGAUUACCAAAGAGAAGUUAUGGGAUCAACUGGUGAACCAGUAGUUAAAUUAACAAAAUGGUAUUUAAAUUUUGGUAAAGGUAAAAAACAUUAUUCAGUCAAAGAAAAUAGAGAUUUAAAUAUGGAUAGAGAUUUCUUAAGAACUGAAUAUACCAAGAUAUUUGUUAAUCAAAAAAUUGAUUUGAUUUUAAUGCCAGUUUAUAAUAAUGUUGCUCCACAUUGUGAAGAAAUUUAUAAUUGGUCAUAUACUACAUUAUUUAAUAUUUUAGAUAUUCCAAGUAUUGCUUUCCAAACUGGUUUAUAUCAAGAUCCAAAAAUUGAUGUUUGGACAGAAGAAGAUAAAAAUUAUAAAUAUAGAUCAGAUUUAGAACAAAUGGAAAAUGAAAUGUAUAAACCUGAUGAAUUUGUUGGUGCUCCAAUUGGUUUACAAAUUGGUGGUCAAAGAUAUCAUGAUGAAGAAUUAGUUGCUGCUGCUAAAACUAUUGUUGAUGAUAUUUUAAAAGUAGAUUUAUUAAAACAUUAA